AUGGCCAGUGUUGUUGUUGUUGGAUUGGGUUUGGCUGUAGCUGGUUUCGCUGGUCGACAAGUCUUAAGAGCUGCCCCACAUGUCGCUCAAAAGAUGAGUGAAGUUCUCAAAACAAUGACAUCCGAAUCGGGACUUUUGUCGAGUAGUAAAUUUCAUAAAGGCGGAUUUGAACCUACCAUGUCUAAACGUGAAGCCACACUCAUACUUGACGUAUCAAAUAAUGCUCCUAAAAACAAAAUCAAGGACGCACACAAACGAAUCAUGUUGAUCAAUCACCCGGAUAAGGGCGGUUCACCGUACAUAGCUGCGAAAAUAAACGAGGCCAAAGAUCUUCUGGAUAAAAAAUAA